AGGUAGAGUCUGAAACAAGUCGGCGGCGGAAAACCAGAAACACCAGUUCUGAGGUUGAUGCUGUCACUGGUUGUCAGGUACAGAAAAGCAUGCAGCCUUGUUGUCAAAUCGCUAUUCUGGUGAAGACAGUGGAGCGACUCGGAUCCCUGUACAGGUGCAAUUGAUCAAAAUGGCUAAAAGAGACAGGAGCGCAUCAGGAAGUUCAGUGUUUUACAACUCAAUCACAAAUGCACAAGAAAUCAGGUCUGGAUACUUGCUCAAGUCUCCUCCUCAAAAGCGUUUGAAGUCAGAGUGGAAGAGGCGUUUCUUUGUGCUUUACAAGUCCCCAGAGAACAACUAUCAGCUCAGGUACUACAGGAAUGCAGAGGACCGGGUCAACCCGCUCGGAGCCAUAGACAUGACGCAAAUCUCACUGUUGUAUGCGAACCCUCAACAUCACCAGAAAUGGGAAUGGGUCCAGAGGAGUUUUAAAUGCUCCCCAUCGUGUGUGGUGUACCUCAGGGCAGGGAACCGGGACUACUUCCUCAUUGCGGAGAACAGCUCGGAGGCGGACGGCUGGUUCACUGACCUGUUUGAAGCCCUGAAAAAUCGUCCUCAUAAAUUUCUCAAAUCAGAGGAAAUCAGCAACGGGCAGCCAGUCAUUGAUACAAUUUCAAACCCUCUUCACCGGAGAAAGUUUUCUGCCCCAGAGCCCCAGGUGCCUUUUCUUAGAGAGAAAGAAGAAGAUGAGAAUGACGCCAGCAAAAUCUCUUUGCCAUCCUCAUUACUGAAGCUUAGGUCCUUUUCGGACCCUUCCUCCAAAGCUGCAGACGGGAACACUGAAGAACUGGUGGAAGAUAGUUCCAGGAGACCGACCUCUGAGCCUGUUAAUGACUAUGACUAUCCCAAGUCAAACCGAAAGAGAGCCAGUGUCCUGCGGGCAGGCAGCAUGGAGUCACUGUAUGAAUCAAUGAUAGAAUUUAAAAGCAUCCUGAACGUAUCUGAGCCAAACGAUUGUAAAGUUGAAGUGAUGGUCAACGGCACCCUGAUGAGGUCCAUCACUGACGUCUACACCAAAUACAAGGCAGAGGAAUCUCCAGCUCCCAUAUCAAAUGAGGCACCUGCUGAAAAUGGAGAGGACAAACGUCAGUCUUCGGAUUUCAGCACCAGCUCCAGUGGUGCCGUUUCACCUGAUAUAUUGGAGACGAAUUCGGAAAGACGAGGCUCCGAUCGGAGCCUUGACGGCGUCAUGGUAGACCUGAGGGAGUUCAUGGUGAAUCUGCAGGGUUUGAAGAACGAUCUCACACUCACAGAGGUGGAAGGAAAGCCGAGUGUGUCUGGCUGGACUGGACAGCCGCAGUCCGUCUGCCUCUUCCACAAGGAAGACCGAGUUGUGGCGAUAAAUGACCUCCAAACCGACAGCGUGGAGGACUUCUACAUGCUCAUCAGGAAGUCGAUGAAGGAUGAGGUGAAAGUGACCAUCCAGCGUCAGCGUGGAUGCCAGGCUCUGCAUUGGUCAGACUCUCCCUGCAGCGGCUGAGGCACAGACUGAUCACUGCGGACGACUUCAAAAUGAAGGAUCUCAUGUGUCACAUGUGUCAAACUCAAGGCCCGGGGGCCAAAUCCGGCCCGCCACAGCUUCUUAUGUGGCCCUCUAGACUGUAAAGUGACACAUGAUAGAACUGUGAAGAUAACAGUGGGCUUAAAUAUUAUUUUAUCAAUCAAUUCAAAGCUAUUUUUAUCUGUUUACUGUCAAAUUGCAUCAAUUAGUCCCUCCAGUUUUUUGUGAAAAAUCAACAAAUCCCUGCACUUUCUCGCGUUGAUGGAUAAUUGAGUUUAUUGCAGAUUUUCCACAGAAAUGGUGAAAAACAUUGGAUCUAAGUGACAGUUUACUCCCACCUGCAGGUGGCAGUAGAUUUUUGCUUUUACAGAUUCUUACCUAAUGUCGAGUUAUAAUCCAUAAUGAUACGACAAGUAAUAAAAUAUUUCUAAAUUACUACAAUUUCUACAAAAACAAUGGCAACACCCUGGAGGGACUAAAAAGAUGUUCACUACUAUUUAAUCUUAAGAAUUUAUUUAUAGUUUAACGGGUUUUAUCAGUACAUUCUGGCACAACCGGUCCUUUAAGAGCAUUCCUGAUCUUGGAAAAUGAGUUUGACGCCCCUGUAUAUGUUGUAUAUAAACAGAUCAACAUGUUUUUUAUUCCAUUUCCUUGCUGUUGGAGUUUAUGUCUGUUUAUGUCGCAACAGGUAAACGUCAUACAGAAAUAUACUUCAGUUUCUUUACGCAAGCUCCAGAGUAACAGAGGAUAACUUACGUUACGUCAGCCAUGCUUUCUUUGUUUGACGUCACAAUAAAUAUAAACAAUAAGAAGGAAAAAUCUCUUGUCAAUAUGGAAAGUCACAUUUUUUUCUGCUUGUUGUGGAUGCCAGUCAGAAUUGCUUGUACAGUGAAACUGCAAACAGGAUUUCCUCAUUUUUAAUUUCAACUAAAAGGGAGUCCCAGUAUAUAAUUGCUUUGCAUGCAUUAUAUUGCUCUUCUCUCCAGGGCUGAGGCAUCUUUCUAAGGAACCACCCAGUGGAAACGCUGUUCCCAGUAGCACAGACAGUUUGUAAGCAAACAGGUUUGCUAACCAACAAGAAGAUGUUGGUUAGCAAAGGUUGACACACUUUUGGUUUUAAAUGUGGCAUUAGUUACACCCUCUCAACAAUUAGCGGUGAUGUAAAGUGAAAAGUACAGAAAGAGAACAGUAUUACACGUCUUAAUCGUCGGUAAUAUGAAGACAAAAUCGUGUCAUGCCUUACAGUUAUGUGCCACGGUUUGUUUUAAAUAUAAAACAAAAAAAAUCACUUAGGCACUUUUUCCAAGAUCUAACUGAAUUGAGGGAACUUAGCUUUUUGCAUUUAGUCUAUCAUAGAGUUGGGUAGUAACUAGUUACAUUUACAUGAGUAACUUUUUUGAAAUAAAUGUACUUUUAGGACUAUAUUGUACUUUUUACUUUUACCUGAGUACUUGUAUUAUGAAAUAUUUCUACUCUUUUUAACCCCAAAAUUCACCAGACUCAGAACUGUGGUUUUUGUUAAAGUUUUGUAAGUUUUUUAUUGAAAGAAACUGAAUUGGAAAA